CUUGCAUGGAAUCGUGGAGUGCAUCCUCCUCGCCCUGGCACGGUCCCCGUCAGCAGUCGGAAAGGGAUCGUCAAGAGCACCAGGAAAGCCACCUUACCCCUGUCACUACCACAGUAAUGAAUACGGGGCCCGUAUAAUUAUAUCAUACCUGCUCUCCUCCUCAACACCACACUUGCCCACUCUUCUCACCACAUACAUCAACCCAACAUCUUCACUUCUCCUAGAACGCAUCUCCACCGUCAUUGUAUUUUCGUAUCGAUUUCCUACUUGCGCAGUACUACAAUGCGAAAUGGUAUACCGGCCCUCGUGGCCACCGCUGCAGCCUUCUUUACCCGUGAAGCUGCUGCCGUUGCUGCCAACCCACUGCCAAAACCACAGGAUAUCACCUGGGGCAACAGUGGACCGCUUGCUGUAGGCUCGCUCAGGCUCAACGCCCCAAACCAUGAUCUCCUCAGAGCUGGAUUCCUCCGUGCCACCAACGCCAUCAGAGAGCUCAAGUGGAUUCCCGCUGCCACUGAGGCUCCUGUGCGAUCCUUCGAGCCGUUUCCUACGCCUACUGCUGCGAAGCUGAAGAGACAGUACAACCAUCCCAAUGGCACCGCUUCCCUCACAACUGUAAAGGUGCAGAUUAGCGACCUGCAUGCGACCCUCUCCCAUGGAGUUGACGAGUCCUACACUCUGGACAUCAGUGCCGGUUCCAAUACUAUCACUAUCUCUGCCGGUACCGUCUAUGGAGCUCUUCACGCCUUCACCACCCUGCAGCAGAUCGUCAUCAACGAUGGCACCGGCAAGCUGAUUGUGGAGCAACCCGUUUCCAUCAAGGAUAAGCCCCUCUACCCUGUGCGCGGCAUUAUGAUAGAUUCAGGCCGCAACUACUUGACCAAGAAGAAGAUCCUUGAACAAAUUGACGGCAUGGCGCUUUCAAAGCUCAACGUUCUCCACUGGCACAUCAUUGAGUCGCAGUCCUGGCCGUUGGAGAUCCAUGAGUACCCUCAGAUGACGAAGGAUGCCUACUCCCCCAACGAGAUCUACACCCAUGAAUGCGUCAAGAGCAUCAUUCAAUACGCAGCCGAGCGUGGCAUUCGCGUCAUCCCUGAGAUCGAUAUGCCCGGCCAUGCCAGCUCCGGUUGGGCUCAAGUGGACAAGGACAUUCUGGCCUGUGAAGACAGUUGGUGGUCAAACGAUAACUGGGCGCUCCACACGGCCGUCGAGCCCAACCCAGGUCAACUCGACAUCCUCAACAACAAGACCUACGAAGUGACUGGAAAAGUGUACAAGGAAGUUGCAAAGCUAUUCCCCGAUUCGUGGUUCCACAUUGGUGGUGACGAGCUGCACACCAACUGCUACAACUUCAGUUCGCUUGCGCGCGACUUCUUCAACUCUGGAAAGUCUAUGGGUGACCUAUACCAAUACUGGGUCGAUCAUGCUAUUCCAAACUUCAGGAGGCAAGCAAACAAGACCUUCAUCAUGUGGGAUGAUGUCAAGCUUUCUGCCCAAAGUGCCGCCACUGGCAAUGUCCCCAAGGAUAUCGUCAUUCAAGCGUGGAACAACGGGCCGGAGAACGUCUUCAACCUCACUCGAGACGGUUACCGUGUGAUUGUCUCCAGCUCCGACUUCUUCUAUCUCGACUGCGGCUUUGGCGGUUGGGUUGGCAAUGACCCACGCUACAAUGUGCAGGUCAACCCGAAUAAGACGGAUGGCUCACCCAACUUCAACUAUGGCGGCGGCGGCGGUUCGUGGUGCGCUCCGUACAAGACGUGGCAACGCAUUUACAACUAUGACUUCACCGAGGGCCUUUCCGACGAGCAGAAGAAGCUUGUGCAGGGCGCCAUUGCGCCAUUAUGGGCCGAGCAGGUCGACAGCGUCGUCGUAUCUCAGAAGAUGUGGCCGCGUGCUGCCGCCCUGGCUGAGCUUGUAUGGUCCGGGAACCGCGACGCAAAUGGCAACAAGCGUACCACGGAGCUCACGCAGCGCAUCUUGAACUUCCGCGAAUAUCUUGUCGCAAAUGGUAUCGAGGCCAGUCCGUUGAUGCCGAAGUACUGCCUACAACAUCCGCAUGAGUGCGACCUCUUCCUGGAUCAGACCGCACUGCACGAACCUGCUGCCUGAUUACGAAGAUUCUCUUCAUCUCACUGGCGCAUGGACUGGCGUUUGGGUGCUUUCGUAAUACUCUGUCCAGGCUGGAUGUAUGCUGGUUUCUCUAAGUCGAAACAGGAGAAGUAGCUUACAUGCUUUCUGUCACGGGUCUUUUUUUUCUGGCGAUCAAUGCCGCGAUGACCUCUUCGCUUCAACGGAGUGGAGUAGUUGAUUUAUGGGGGCGGUUGUUCACGAUGGGAACGUCGCGGCUACACUGCUUCCGUCGAUGCAAGAUUUCGUUCCCCGAAGAUUCAUGUAUAUAUCAUAGUUAUACCCUUUUCUAACAUCAUAUCUGUGUCGAUGCAUGCGACGUCAGUUGCUUUGAAUAUCAAUAGUUAUAAUCUCAC